CUUGCACACUGCCCAGCCUGAGGCGAAUAUGGAGCAGUCCAGUAAUCGACCAGCCAAAAGGCCUCGCCUACAAGGACCUGACGGCUUCCAGGUAACGAAGAAUAUCUCGAAACCCGCGUACAAACCUCCUCCGCCUUUCGUGUCUUCUUUUGGUUCACCCAAGGCCGGGCCAUCAACAAAGGUUCAUGAUGACAAGCAAGAAAAGUCGAAGGAUUCGAGUCGUGUUCGAGAGCGACCGCAACCUGCCGCACUCCCCGACUUUGGUGACACUUCACUUGGACGCGAGGCUAACUUGAAGGGGAAGGGAAAGGAGAAGGAGACAUCGGUUCGCCCAGCUGGCAAUCGCAAACGACCGAACCCAUUUAUCACUGCGAGCAAUGCAGGGGCAGAUCCGUCUCACGUGCGCCUCACCAUUGCCCCUUCGGAAUCAGCAUCUGUGCAUCUUCCUCCUAUAUCCCAUCCAAAACCACAUUCCGCACCUCUUAAACCUCUUCAACCUCUCAAGCCACCUUCGUUUGUAAUCAGCGCCCCAUCAAAUGCAUCGUCUUCCAAACCUUUAUCGAUUCUCAAGCCACCUCCGAGGCCUCAGCCGACUUCUAAAGCGAUCGCCUUGAAGCCUCUUGCUCCACCUAAUUUUGCCUCGUUUGCUGAAAAGCAACCAUUGACUAACUUGAAGCCCAUCUCAUCUUUUGCGAUAAAUCCCACAAAGGACGGUGCAGGUGCUGAGCUGCUCUCGCUUUUUCUCCAACAGCACGGACACAACUUUGUCACUCCAUUCGAACGUGAGAUACAGCGCGGUAUUGGACUCAGCCCACGCAAAAACAAGAGCGCUAAAGGGAAGUUUGUGCGUGGUGGAAUGGCAGCGCGUGCGCAACACAUGAUCUCAGGCACAAAGACCGACUAUACCCUUUGGUGUCUACAGCUCAAACAAAAUCUCUCAUCCGCGCCACCCGCCGCACCAACGUUAUCGUGUGAUUUGCUCCUACGUAUUCUGCGAGUACUACCCCUUCCCACGAAGACCGCUACCCCCACCCGUGUGCACCUCGCCACAUGUCGCAUCUCAUCGCGCCACAGGUUCGCCAACAUAACAGAUUUGAGGGAUCAAUGUUAUGUCGUUCUUUUUCCACACGUUAUCGAGCCCAGUCGUAAUUUUGAAGAGGGCAGGGAUGUCUUAGCUUGGAUGCCGUGGUACAAGGUUAUGCUCUCCACUAUCGUUCCAAGGGAGAUACUGGGAAGUCUUUCGGUUGAACCAUUGAUGCCCCCGAGGAGUGUCAUCAUUGUACCACGAUGGCACAUUAUGCAGACUGAGUGACAAGAGGAGCUAGGGUCUGUAUCAGGCGCUCGACCACCGCUACACUGGCACUAGUGGUUUCAUAAUAAUAAUGCAUGACUUUGCGCAGCA